AUGGCCAGUACCGCCGGAACCAGUAAAGAUGCCGCCAAUGAGGCCGCGAGAAAGGCCUACAUACUGCCCAACAACCAGCAGGAAAUUGAGCGGAUGAAGAAUCAGCAUGAAUGGAUCAAAGGCUCAUUUGGCGGCUUGAUAAAGACUCCCAUCGACUUUGAGACAAAGAACCAAAGGAUUUUGGAUUCUGCAGCUGCCGAUGGUACCUGGUUGUGCGACGUGAGCAGCUUGUUUCCACUCGAGACGGAACUUGUAGGAUUCGACAUUGCAGCAGAGCUAUAUCCACCGCCAGAUACCCUCCCAUCCAAUGUUUCCUUAGUUCUGGGCGAUCUAACUAAAGAGCUCCCUGCUGAGUGGACAGCGAACUUUGAUCUGGUCCAUCAGCGCUUCAUCUUCCCAAGCUUUCCAGUUGACGCUGUGGAGAGAAUUCUCGAAAGGCUGGCCAGCUGUGUCCGACCCGGGGGCUGGAUCCAGUUGGUCGAGCCAGCUGCGAACGAGAAUGUCUCCGGCCCAGGGCCAUCGGCCUUUACAACGUUGCACCAGAUUGCAAGCCGGUUCAUGAAGUGUCCGAGCCCUAAAGAAGUGAUUCUAUCGCAACUGACCAAACUUGGCUUCAUCAACAUCAACGUCCAUUCAGUGGAUAUUGUCAUUGGCAAGUUCCAAGACAACCGCGAGUUGGAUUUCCGAGGGCGAAAGAGCAUGCGAGCAGCAUUCAACAACAUUCACAACCUUCUGGACAUGUCUCAAGAAGACUGGAGCACCUUGCCCGAGCGAUUUGACCAAGAUCUAAGGACGUAUCGCACUGCCAUAAGGCACCACAUGAUCUGGGCUCAGCGGCCAGAAUAG